UCGAGUCCUCCGGCGGCUCGAAACCAGUCGAUGGCGGCCGCGUCUAGCAGGAGAUCCGGGCGGCGGCGAACGUGGGAAACCCUCGACCAUCAACAACCACGCCCAUCCUCCUCUCUCUCCCCGACUUACAUGAACGCAUGCUCCACCGCCGCCCAGAUCCCCUAUCCGACUCAUCUGAAUGCUCGUUGCGCCAUCGCCGCUAUCACGAACCCCUCCUGGGGAUCCAAGCGCGCGCGUACCGCGUCUAAUCGCAAUCCACCGCUGCAUCAUCAUCAUCCUCCUGAUACUGAUAACUGCAGCAGGGACUGGACGAAUCUUGGGGAAGGUCCAGCGGGGCUCAUCGCCGAGCGCGUCCUCGCCAACGACGUGGCGGACUACGUCCGCUUCCGCGCCGUGUGCGGCCCGUGGCGUCGGUGCUGCGACGACCCGCGCGGGCACGGCGCUCUCGACCGCCGGUUCCACCCCCGGCGGUGGGUCAUGCUCCGGGAGUAGCUUGCCUCCACCUACGCCCGCCGCUUCCUCAACGUCUCCACCGGCGAGUGCAUAGAAACGGAAAUCUUGGAGCUCCGUGACCACAACGUGCUCGGGCUCACAGCCGAGGGUCUCAUCAUCUUGCUCCACGGCUGCAUCCACGUCUCCCUGCUCAACCCGCUGACGGGCCAGCAGCUCACGGAUCUCCCGCCAUUAACCAUGUUUUCCAGCCGUGAAUCUCCUCCCAAAGCCUGGGGCUCCGGCAUUGCGGCAGAUGGUUCCUCGGUCGUGCUCUAUUUUGACUUGCUAUGCAUUGUAGGCAUCGCCAAGCCUGGCGACGAGAGCUGGACAAUGGUCCGGUGCAAGAUUUCGGUACGGACAGCACCGUUGAUGUUUGCAGGCCGCUUCUAUUGCACCACGGAAAAUGGCGUCUUGCUGCUAGAGACAAGCGCAGAUCAGCCACCGCGUAUGAAGGUGGCUGCCAGACUGCGAAACCCGAUCUCGGCUAUAGGGAUGCAUAGUGCACACCUGGUGAACAACGACGGGGAACUGAUGCUGGUGCACCGCACCAUGCGGUACCCCAGGAAUAGAUCAAGGAGGAGGGCGUACGACGUUUAUAAGGUGGAUUUGGACACCGGAACUUUAUUCCCGGUCAAGAGCUUGGGCGGCCGGGCAUUGUUCAUGGGCAUGCAUUGCUCUCUUUCGGUUUCCACGGAGGUUUUUCCCUCCAUAAGCGGCGACACCAUCUACUUGAGCUUCGAUCUCAAGGAGAGAGUCCAUGAUGAGAAGAUAGAGGCCUACCAUCUCCCAAGUGGAAGCACGAAAUCUGCCCGUUACAACCUCGACAGAUCCGUGCCGUGGCCUCAUAAAAUAGUGCCGGGGCCUCAUACUCUCGUUGAUUGUCUCUCUUUGUGCAAUACCGUUGAACCAUGUACAAAACAUAUAGCGUCGGUAAUUUGAGUUGUAUUCUUGGGUGUUUCCCGUUUA